GAUUUAGUUAUUUAAUCUUUAAAUACAAUAAUGCUCCGCUCACGAAUGCUUGCAAAUCGGCAAUCAUACACGGUUUUCCUGAUUUUUCGCUCAUUCCCUCCUGUAAUUUGUUUUAGUACCUAAUUUUACCAGCCACUGAGUGGGGAAAUUUCAUGUACUAUGGUUAGGGAUUUGCAGUACAUAGGUUGGAAAUUUAACUACUAGAAUGGAAAAGAGCCUUUCCAUGCCACUUACGCUGUGUAAGGAUCCCUUAUUGCCUUAAAAACCUUUGCAAGUGGUUGGUCGGAACGCACGCUAAAAGUGACUGUUCGGUUUCGAAGCAAAUGUGGCAAUUUCCACGGACUUUUUCAUGAAAAAUACCACUUUUGCUUGGAAACCAAGCAGUCACUUUUAGGUGCGCCACCUGUCCUCUCCUUAUCCACCCUCACGUACGCGAUAUGCAUCAGUCGCUGUCCGACUGCGGAGCGGGGCGGAGCUGGUUCGCGCCACCGAUAACGGGGUAGGUCCGCGCGGGCGGUAGGGGAGGUACAUCGGGAUGGAGGUCUCUCUCCGUCACCAUGGACCUCAGCGGGCCCCAGACCGUUAACCCUGACCGCGAGGUCGCCGGCCGGAAUGACCACCUGCUCAGCCUCGGGGAGUUGGCUUCGGGAGGCCAGAGCGGCACGCUGUCCCUGGCCCAGUCGCUCUCCUACGAGAGCGUCUCGGUGGAGGGCAGCAGGAACGUCCAGAUCGGCAACAACAUCCACAUCCACGGCGAGGUGACCCUCGUGCUGCCCGUCGACUCUAGCGGCCUGCCAUCGGCGAAGAUCAGAGACGAGCUCGGAGAGAAACCCGCUGACGCCGACAAGGACAGACCGCUGCACUCUGCGCAGGACAGUUCGAAGAAACCCGUGCUGGGCGCGCGAAAGUACAGGCCAUACUUUACGUUGGCAGGAUUGGCGGCACUAGCUGUCGUGGUCGUCACCAUCGUGAUUGCCUCCCUUCAGACCGGGAAGGCGGAGUUUCCUGGCCUCGUGACGAGGCGGGAGUGGAACGCCUGGGAUCCACGAUAUGCAAAAGUGCCGGACGAGUUACCCCUCCCCGUGAGGACCGUCAUUGUGCACCACACAACUACCAGACCGUGUGACAGCCGGGCGGACUGCGCAAAAAUAGUACUUUUUAUACAGGACCUGGCUUUCGACACAGACAACGACGACAUCCCCUACAAUUUUCUCGUCGGCGGCGACGGCCUCGUGUACGAGGGCCGUGGAUGGGGCCUUAUCGGCGGAGCCGUGUAUGGCUGGAACUCGGAGGCCCUGGUGUUCGCGCUCGUCGGCACCUUCGACUACGUCGAGCCCACGCCGCCGCAGCGCGCCUCGCUGCUCAGGCUCCUGCAGUGGGGCCUCGACCACGAGAAGGUCCACGCGGAGUACCGCAUCGCCGGCGCCUGCCAACUGAAGGUCAACGCCACCUCCACCCCGGGGCUCCGCUUCAUGGAUGACCUGAAGACCUGGGACCACUGGUGGGACUUCAUGAUACGACCAAAUCGUUCCUGUACCUUGUAAUUCAUUUUUCAU